AUACGAGAUGACUAUCAGGUCCCGAAAUAUCCAGUCGUUCUUUGCCAUGGGUUUUCAGGCUUUGACAGUCUCGUGAGCUUACCUGCUGUCAAGCUUUUUCACAAAGCUAAGAUUAAAGAAGCAUCUGCAAAGAAAAUGGCACAAGAGGCGGACACAAGAAUUGAGUUGUUCGAAUACUGGCAUGGAAUUCGCAAGGAGUUACUGGUGCGUGGGUGUCAGGUUUUGGUGGCCAAAGUACCCCCAUUCGCUACCAUUGAAACAAGAUCUAAAAUAUUAAACGAAUUCAUAAAACAAAAAAUAUCCAAACGUUUUCCAAAUGCAGAACAGCCUGUCAAAGUCAACCUGAUUGCCCAUUCCAUGGGAGGUCUUGAUUGUCGCUACCUUAUUUCUGCUUAUGAACAGGAGAAUUUUGAGGUGGUGUCAUUGACAACGGUGUCGACUCCCCAUAGAGGUAGCUACGCUGCCGAUCGCAUAAUUCAACUCAUUCCGACCAGCAUUAUUGACAGCUUCUUUCCAUCCCUGAAAGAGCUUACUCUCGAAAGUUGUGCUCGCCUUAAUAGACAUAUUACAGACGACCCAAAUGUCAAAUACUUCAGCUAUGGUGCAUCUUUCACACCAAGAAUAUUUAACUUUUUCUAUCCUACAUGGAAAAUGGUGUAUCCAAAAGAAGGUCCAAACGAUGGACUGGUGAGCAUCAGGAGUGCUAGAUGGGGAGAAGAUUUGGGUAGUCUAGAGAAUGUGGAUCAUUUGGAUUUGAUAAACUGGAUGAACAUCUCGAAACGUUUCAAAAUCGCAAUCGGAACAGGGACCUUCAAUCCGGUAGCGCUUUACUUGGAUAUCGCGGACAAUCUGGCAAAAAAAGGUUUCUGA